CAGGCACAGAGGCCGCCUCAGCAGCAGCAGCAGAGGGGCAGGCAGCAGGCCAGGUUUACGCGGUUGAUCAGGCCGAGGCAGCUCAGCAGCCAGGUACUAUGUCAGGGAUGGUUGUCCUCAAUGAUAUUCCUAUAUUCGCGUUAUUCGAUACUGGAGCAACGCAUACUUUCAUUUCACGCCGAUGUCUCGAUGCCAUCGGAGUUCACGCCGUUACCGCUGUCGAUCCUCUCGAGGUGAGUUUAGCCUCGGGACGAAAGAUAGUGACCUCAGCUAAAGCCUCAGAUCUUAGCCUUUCCAUCGGUGGCCGAGUAUUGACUGCCGACGCGUUUGUUAUCGAGAUGAAAGAUUUCGAUCUUAUUCUCGGAAUGGAUUGGCUAUCCUUCUAUCAUGCUGACAUCAGGUGUCAUGACCGGGAGAUCACUCUCUAUCUUCCGGGAGACGAGUCGAUUACUUUCUUCGGCUCCAGGAACCGUUCACUGCCUCAUGUUGUUUCAAUAGCGAAAGCCACUAAGUUAUUGCGACGAGGCAACUGCCAGGGUUACCUGGUAAGCCUUGUUGAGGAUUCUCAGAAAGCGCGGACACCUCAUGAUGUACCAAUCAUUCGCGAGUUUGUGGACGUGUUCCCAGACGAGCUUCCAGGAGGACCGCCCAACCGUCAGGUGGAGUUUUCUAUCGAUCUCAUCCCAGGGGCCGGUCCAGUAUCCAAAGCCCCAUAUCGGAUGGCGCCUAAAGAGUUACAGGAGCUUAAGACUCAGAUUCAGGAGCUGUUACGACUCGGUUUCAUCCGACCGAGCGUGUCACCUUGGGGAGCACUCGUUCUCUUUGUUAAGAAGAAGGACGGAUCUAUGCGCAUGUGUAUCGACUACCGGGAUCUUAACCGGUUGACGAUCAAGAAUAAGUAUCCGCUUCCCAGGAUCGACGACUUAUUUGAUCAGUUGAGGGGAGCCUGUGUAUUUUCAAAGAUUGACUUACGAUCAGGCUACCACCAGCUGAGGAUUAAGGAGUCAGACAUCGCUAAGACCGCUUUCAGGACUCGUUACGGCCAUUACGAGUUCGUAGUCAUGCCUUUCGGUCUCAGCAAUGCGCCAGCUGUUUUCAUGGAUCUCAGGAACCGUAUCUUUCAUCCCUACCUCGAUCAGUUCGUUAUUGUCUUUAUUGACGAUAUCCUUAUCUACUCGAAGAGCCAGAAGGAGAACGAGGAGCAUCUGAGGGUAGUUCUCGAAACCCUCAGACGAGAAAAGUUGUACGCCAAAUUCUCCAAAUGCGAGUUCUGGCUUCAGCAAGUAUCUUUUCUGGGUCAUGUGAUUACCCAGGCAGGCAUCGAGGUUGAUCCUUCGAAGGUUUCAGCCGUUCAGAACUGGUCGACACCGAGGAGUCCGUCCGAAGUUUGCAGUUUUCUCGGUUUAGCUGGUUAUUAUCGCAGGUUCAUCGAGGGCUUCUCUAAGAUCGCCCUCCCUCUUUUGCAGCUGACGAGGAAGUCUGUGAAGUUCGAAUGGACUGACAGAUGUGAGGCGAGCUUUCAGGAGCUCAAAAGGAGACUAACUUCAGCACCGGUGUUGACUAUUCACGAUCCUUCUCGGAGUUUCACUAUCUUUAGCGAUGCUUCGAGACAGGGCUUGGGAUGUGUCCUUAUGCAGGACGGACAAGUCGUUGCGCAUGCUUCACGUCAGCUUAAGCCUCAUGAGCAGAACUACCCUACGCACGACUUGGAGUUAGCCGCAGUCGUUCAUGCCCUGAAGAUUUGGCGACAUUAUCUUUAUGGCGGACGCUGCGAGAUAUUCACAGACCAUAAGAGCCUACAGUACAUCUUCACGCAGAAGGAGCUUAAUAUGAGGCAGCGCCGUUGGCUCGAAUUGGUCAAGGAUUAUGAUUGUUCUAUUCAGUACCAUCUGGGGAAGGCGAACGUCGUCGCAGAUGCCCUAAGCCGAAACGUGAAGGGUGACUUGACGUACGUCAUUACGCAGCAGUGUCCGUUGAUUCAUGAGUUUGCCCGGAUGCAGCUUCAGGCGAUCGAUGCACUUACCAUAGCUGUCUCGGGGAGUACCAGUGCCAGUGUCAGUGCUAUGCAGCUUCAGCUGACACUGAGAGAGAGGAUCCGGCGAGAGCAGGCUUCUAACGAGUUUGUUCGUGUUAUGGAGGCCAAGGUUCACGCCGGAGGCAUCCAGGAUUUUCAGUUAGGUGCCGAUGGUGCCUUAGAGUUCAGAGGCAGGAUCGUGGUCCCGAAGGUCGAGGCGUUGCGGAAGGAGAUUCUAUCAGAGGCACAUACCGCACCCUAUCUAGCCCAUCCCGGGAGCACGAAGAUGUAUCACGACCUGAGAGGGUCAUUCUGGUGGCGAGGCAUGAAAAAGGACGUCGCCGAGUUCGUCAGGAGGUGUCUUACCUGUCAGCAAGUCAAAGCUGAGCAUCAGAGUCCGAUCGGCCUCCUGCAGCCACUGCCGAUUUCGAGGUGGAAGUGGGAGGAAGUCACUAUGGAUUUCGUUACGGGAUUACCGAGGUCGUCUGAACAUCACGACGCUAUCUGGGUCGUGGUCCACAGACUGACUAAGGUUGCACAUUUCUUACCCGUUUCGAUGAAGAUGUCUCUGGACAAGUUGGCUGAGAUAUAUACCCGUGGGAUCAUUCGACUCAACGGAGUGCCUGUCACGAUUGUAUCAGACAGAGAUCCCAGAUUCAUCAGUCGAUUCUGGCACAGCUUACAUGAGGCGAUGGGCACGAAGCUUGAGUUCAGUUCAGCCUACCAUCCGGAGACGGAUG